AAUGUAAUGCAGCCAGUACCGGCCACAUGAAACAGUUGUUGUCUUUGUUUUGGACAUUGACGAUCACAUGUUUAGAGGCAUUCAGAGGAUUAUGACCAUUCAAGUGUAUUUGUAUAGGAAGGAGGAAUAUCUCUUAUUGAUAGACACUUUCAUGUUUUGGUACACAUCUGCGGAUUUGAGACUUAUCUGGCAUUUUCCCCGGAAAUGUGGUGUGACACGCUCGACGAUAUCCUCCUUUGGCUUCGAAAACUGGACAUGAAUAGACAGAUACCAUUUGAUAUCCCCAUGCAGAAGAGCUUUGUUUAAUUUUUUUUUAGCGGACCACUAGCUUUACAAAUCUUACCGCAUUAGUCAGUAGUAGACCUGUGUAUACGCGAACAAUGGAUCAUUGUACUGCAAACUUAAGGCUAGUGUAUGUGUGUACUGUUGUAUCGCAUGAGUCAGUUUAUCUGGGUGGCUAUAGUGUUGGAUGAUAUUGUUGACGUCAUCAUUACUUGGGUGGAGCGUCUUGGGUUGAGCAGGGUGGAGGUAAGGAUGAUAUAAGCUGGGGACUGCGUCAGAACCAUCACUCUCCCUACUACUGUUACAAGAGGAUUUUUAAGAGAACACUUCCGUCUCAAGUGAUGAUAUAUAUAUAGGUACGUGUACAGAAUUGGAAAGAUACACACUUACGUGAGGAUUGUAAAGAUGGACUCUUCCGUCUGGUUGGAUGAUAGACAAUUGCAUAAAGAUUGUGAUGAUGGAUACUUUUAUCUGUAAGGUUGAUAGACAAUUACAUGAGGAUUGUAAGUAUGGACUCUUCCGACAUACAUGUGUAUUACGAUUAAGAAGAUGGACUCUUCCGCCUGCAGGAAUGAUAACAAUUACAUGAUGAUUGUAAAGAUGGACUCUUCAGUCUACAGUGAUUAUAGACAUUUACAGGAGGAUUGUAAAGAUGAACAAUACCGUCUACAGAGAUGAUAAACAAAUGCAUGAUAACUGUAAAGAUGGACUCUUCCGUCCGAAAUAAGCCAAUACACACUCAUAUAAGGAGUGCUAAGAUGGACGUGUCUGUCUAUGAUGUGACACACAAGCAGGAAGACAGUUAUGGCAGUGUUGUCAAUGAGAUAAUACUAACAAGUGUACCGUGCAUCGGUGAUUUAUAAGCUUAGACAUCUGCUGAAAUGUAAAACAACACCAGUAUGUCUGCCUCUACUCCCUACGCGAUCAGCAAGUCGGCCUUUGAACACAUCAAAUAUGAUGAACCAUGUAAUUUUACUCCUCGUGUUAUAACUCAGAUCCUCCGAGACUCACGAUUCCACAUAGAUCAAGACAGCAGUUCCCAGCGUCUGGUCCAGUGUCUUGAUGACAGCCACGGUACAGAGGAAAGAGUGAAGAACAGGAGAAAGGUAACAGCCAUCAGCCAAAACAUACACAAUGCAAAUGACCUUUUCUUGAAUUGGUUCUAUGGUGGAAGCAUUGGGGACGGGUUACGCAUGGAGAAAUCAGAUAGCGACAAGAUGUUUUCUUUUAAAGCUGUAGUGGUUAGUUAUCCAGAUCAAAUGCAUCUUAUACCUCGUAACAGUGAAAACAAGACAAUACUGUUAAUGAGGGAAGCUGGUUGCAGACCUGGGUAUGCUAACCUUGAAAUAUUUCAAAUUGGAGAUGAAAUGGGGAGAGUUGUUCCAUUUCAAAACGCGGUUGUUCCUGUUGGUGAUUUGUAUUUUGUCUCUAGUGAUAUUUAUAGACAACAGACUGUAGAAGCUAUGAAAAGGGCAAAGGGUUUGGAUUUUGUUUCCAAUGGACCGUGCGCAUCUGUAUUCAUGAAAGAGGGAGGGAGCAUUGAUACAGCAUGCGCAUUUCCGUGUGUAUGUUGGCCUCGGGUAACUAAUGAAUGGAAAUACCGAAGUCGCCUUCAUGGAUGGCCAUCUCAGAUAAUAAUUGACAGGAUUGUUCAAGGUGGCUGUCAUCUCGUACCUGUUGGUGAUAAGUGUUCAACAGACACGCUACUACAAUGGAGGAUUUCAUUUGCCUGUGCAGAACAACUAUUAGUUCAUUCUCUCACUCAUCCGCAGUUCAGGGUAUACGGAUUACUGAAGUAUUUCCUUUCCCAGAUCAAAGAGUUGCUGGACCAUAUUAUUGGGGAUAGUGAUAUCCUAUGUUCAUAUUUCCUAAAAACGGUUAUCUUUUAUGCCGUUGAAAAUUCCCCACAUUUGCUAUGGGAUGAUCAAAACACAUUUAUAUGUUUUCGGUUCUGCCUGUCUAUUUUGAUUGCUUGGGUCCAAUCGAGUUAUUGUCCAAACUAUUUCAUCAGAAGAAACAACAUGUUUUUGAGGAAGGUUCAUGGGGAAAACCGUCAAAAACUGCUUCAUUUUCUUAUUGAUCUCUAUUACCUAAACUGGAUGGGUUUAUCAAUAGAAUCGGUCACUUUUCCAUACAUCGGACAUAUGCUCCAACAACAUCAAAGUCUGAAAUCAAUACAACAUUUGGAAUGUCUGAGGGACUUAGACAUUUUUCAAGAAUGUUUAUUUUACCGAUGACCUUUAACGAGAAAGAGCUGGACCCUUCAAUGAAACGACUUCAUGAGGCUCAAACGGAUGUGGAUGAGUUCAUUGCUUACUUUGAAAUGACUAAUACACUUCGCGGAAUAGCAUGUACUUUGUUUAACAUGUAUACCACUACUAGAAGCAACAAACAGAAGUAUUUAGCUCUCAAGAAAUGUAAGCAAUUACUGGCACGGCAAGCGUCGGUAUGUACCAGUCCGGGAUUGAUGCUUUUAGCAUUGUUUCACUACCUCACAGGAGAUUACAAGAACACAAUAAGAAUGUGUGCAGAAAUGACGUCGACAUCUAAGCUAAUCGUUAGCGAAUCCAUACCAGAAACUGAAAAAUCGAGAGAACAAUACCAAAGGUUGUACUGUGGACAGGGAUACCCGUUACACCAGAAGUUUAAAGAAGGGGUUUAUUCGUGUGUGGUGUUUUCUAUACUAUGUACUACACUAUGCGUACCUCAUCUACUUCCUGAAGUUACCAAACAUACUUUCGGUGUAUUUAUUCCACCACUGGCGUAUGCACGCUUCCUUUCCUUCCUGUGUUACCACGACCUUGGUGACAUAAGGAGACGUGACAAAGAACUCAUCAACCUUCGGGCUGUGAACUACGACCCCGUACAAGGGGGACACAACUACUGGCUAGUACACACAAUGUUAGGGAUCUGUUACCAAACUGUGGGGGACAAUCGUAGGGCCAUCAGGUCAUUUACAGACUCUCUACAUGUAAUGCCUCAUAAUAACCCUGCUAUAGAGAGAUUAGAGGCUCUGCGGAGUUCUACGUAGACACAAUAGCAUAAUGAUAGCACAUACAUUGGAUACAAUCCAAGCUUGAUUAACGUCGACUACAGCACAUUUUAAUUUGUAAACAGUUGAUAUUUUUUUAAUAUUUAUGCACAGAAAUAGUGCAGAUAUUAGGAAUGACUGCUCAAUAGCGGAUGUUACUCGAAAUGUCCUGCAAGAACGAUGCUUCUCUCAUCCGCCACCUUACCCCACCAAACUUUCCCAUCCCCUCCAAUUGUUGUUUGAUGACAUCUAAAAUUCCACUGAACAUUUUUUGUCAGAGAUUCUGUUUGGAAGCAUGUAAAUUAUAAAAAAUAAGCAAAUAACACCAAUGCUGUGGUACUUGCUUGGAAAUUAUCAAAACAACAAUCCUACCAACAUGCAUAUCCCCGAAUACGGCAACGAGUGUGACCAUGACCAUGGGGCUAUACCGAAUAUGCAUUGUUUACUUGUAAAAAAUACACAAUGAUCUUGCAUGGCUUAUACAUAUUCUAUAAGAACGUAGAGUAACUGUUGCUGUUCAUUUUGUUAUGUUCCCUAUAGGAACUUUAUAAUAGACACAUAUAUCAGAAUAGUCACUUGUUGUAUAAAACUACCUUUAUGAGGUUAUCCUGAUGAUGUGAAACAAUGAUGAUGUCAUGUUAUUUGAAAGGCUACCGUUGUCAACAUUUCCAAAGUAUUUGUAUGACCAAUGUAUUUCCAUAUUUGAAUGCAAGGCCUCGUCCGGGCUACAUGUACCAGAAAUAUGUCAUCCCCACAUUAUUUGUACGGCCAAGGGUUUUCAAUGUUUCAAUGUAUGACCCAUCAGCGUUAUAUGUACCAGGAAUAUGACAUCCCAACAUUAUUUGUAAGACAAAGGUAUUGCAGUGUUUGAAUGUAUGGCCCCAUCGGCGCUACAUAUACCUGGAAUAUGACAUCCGCACAUAAUUUUUAUGAUAAAGAUAUUUCCAUUUUGUAUGAAAGGUCGAAUCAAUCUUAACUUUGAGGUACAUGUAGUGGAAUACUUGCUCCGAUAAGUAAUCAUAGCAGUGCUCAUCACUUUGCAGCUCGUUUUUAUGAAUGUAGAUUGCUUUAUUGAAAGAACAGGUCCGGAUAUUGGUGUUAUAAUAUGUUUUUUGUUGGUGAAAUUUUGACAAUACUAUGAUAUAUACAUUAACGAGUUGAGAACAUGUCCAUUGUGAUUUAUUAACAAAUGGUGACGUGAUGUCGAAUGAGAUUUGUUUUUUUUAAUUGUAGUUUUUCUAUGAUUAUUUUAAAGGUACAAUGUGUGUUUCCCUAGGGAGACUUUUCUUAGUUAUAGGGUGUAGCUUUUGAAUGUUAUUACUUUUUUUGUCAGUAAGAAGAUCGAAUUCCGUCAACCCGAUAAAUCUGCUCUCACACAGUGACAGAUAUCAAAAGUGACAUUUGUCGAAGUUUAAAAUAUCUCUUUGGGUAUUGACCAAUCGGGAAAUCUCUUUCUAUUAACUUCAUUUAAAUCCACAGAUUCGUUGUUCAGAUACAUAUAAAACGACGGGAUGAUAAAAGGAUGUGUUGAUACAUCUUCGCUGCAUAAACUAAGGUAUUGAUACUGAUAGGAUAUGACGCCAGCGAUUAACCUUCUAUGCAGUAACAUUGUCGUAGUUGUAAUUAGUUAUAAAAUGCAAUAGAUUUACAAUAUUUUGGUUUUCUUGUUGAAUACUGUAAAUAUUUCGCUCGUAUUGCAAAUAAACUGAUACUUUUACUCGUGCGUCACACACGUGAAAAUUGGUAUUCUGCUAUAAUGUGAAUUUAUUAUCAUUUUAGUUUACACACAAUACAUUUAUCUCUGUACAUCUUUUCAUUAAUCAUCUAUGUUUAAAUUUACUGUAUACAUUGUAUAUGUUGUAUGUGUGGUCUUCUACUUACUUAUAUCAUCUUAUGUAAAGAGUGUUUAGAUAUGGUCAGUUUGCUUGAUUAAAAAUGUCUGUAGCUGGGAGACAGAGAUGGGAGGGUGCCUGGGUGGGGGGUAGGAGUACAUAGGAGCCUGGAGUAUUUAAAGUUUAUCAAAUACUCGUUUUGGCCUCUCAAAUUGUUGGGGACAACAAUUUGUAUACCCCAAUUCAGAUAAUUGGAUGGAUAAAGAUAAUGGGUAGAGGUCUACCUGUAGUUUAACAAUAUAUGGUAGAAGUCUACCACUUUAACUAUAUAUGGUAGAAGUCUACCACUUUAACUAUAUAUGGUAGAAGUCUACCACUUUAACUAUAUAUGGUAGAAGUCUACCAGUGUAACAUUAAUUGGUAGACGUCUACCAGUGUAACAUUAAUUGGUAGAAGUCUACCAGCUUAACUAUAAUAGAUGUUAGAAGUCUACCAGUUUAGCAAUAGAUGGUAGAAGUCUACCACUUUAACUAUAGGUUGAUGGAAUCUACCAGUUUUAACAAUAGAUGGUAGAAGUCUACCAGUUUUAACAAUAUAUGAUUGAAGUCUACCAUUUUAAAUAUAGGUAGGUAGAAGUCUACCAGUUUAACAAUAUAUGGUAGAAGUCUACCAGUUAAUUUAUAUAUAUAAAUAGAGUCGUACGAGUAGCCCCCUAGAAGUCACUGUUAGGUUGUUUUGUAGGGUUGGUAAGAUAGGAUUAAUGUAGGUCUGUAGAGUGUUGUAGUAUAUAUUUUAUGCAUAUUCUUAUGUGGAACAUUGUAAGAACAAUGUGAAAUUAUGGUUACUAUGAUUAAAACAAUUUUACUGC